AUUAUUGAACACACAUAAUAAUAUUACAAUUUAAAUUCAAGAACAACGAAUUCAUUUUCCAUCGUGUAAACAUUUUGUAGCAGUCUGGCAGCACUAUAAUAUUUCACAAGACAGACGCAUUUGGCCCCCAAGAAAAUUCGAAUUUGAAAUAGAACGAAUAAAAGUUGCAAAAAAUAUUUAAAGAAUGCAUUUAAUAUCCACAUCAAAAAUAACUGUCUUAUCAGACUUUGCCGAUCUAGAAACAAAAUCAACAUUUGUUCAUGCCAAUGGAGAAACAUCGGAUUUUCAAUUCAAUCAAAGGCGCCUCUUUGUGGAGGUGGACAAAAAGGCGGGCCUCGCUGUGAUGCGUAUAAAGGAGAAAGAGGAUAAGGCUCCUGAAAUUCAAAGAGUACGCAAAUUAACCAUCGAUAAUGCUUUCUGUGUUUGUUGUGCCAAACAAUCCACCGAAGAGAUUGCUGUAGGACAAUCCACUGGCUAUGUGAAACUCUAUAAUUAUCGUACUGCUCAAUUGAUUCAUCGCUUUCCAGCAGAUAGUACUCGCUCUGCCAUAUUAUAUGUGGAUUAUAAUGCCAACGAUGAGUAUAUAGCCGCUGUAACCGAAUCGGGAUCCACAAAUAUCUAUGGAACAAAAACACAACGCAAAAUUGAUACAAUUCACAUCGAUGAGCAAUCCUCUUUGGCCCGCUUUCAUCCGAGCAAACGUUUGCAGUUAGGUGUGGCUUCCUAUAAGGGGGCAGUCACUGUCUAUGAUAUACAGAGCAAGCGUAAAACUUUUCAUAUUACCGAUGCCCAUAAUGCACCAUGUCGUGAUAUAAGCAUGUGCUCAUCUCAGCCCUCAUUGCUGGUCAGUGUGGGCUAUGAUUGUAAGAUCAAUAUCUUUGAUAUACGUAGGCAACGGGGUCAACCAUCAACGGAUCGUCUGAAAUAUACAACUCCCCUAUCGACGGUGGCACUAAGCGAAUGCGGCAUGUACUUUUGUGCCGGGAAUCUUAAAGGGGAACUGAUAGCCUAUGAUAUGAGAAGCACCAAACAACCACUGGCCGUGCGAAAAGUUCAUGAAGGUGGUGUCGUCCGUGUGGCAUUUGUACCCAUGCCCAGUGAUGAACAGCAGAGUACUAGUUUCUCGAGUGCUCAUAAUGUAACCAUGGAUGCAGGUUUACCCACUGUUAAACCACUUACUAGUGAUGAAUUGCGCAAAUCCAUUGCUGCAAAUCUUCUCAGCACCCAAAUGCAAUUGGAUAGCAUUAAUAGCGGUGUUAUGGCCACACCCACUGCAUCCACAAUGACACUGCGGCCACAUCGUGAUUCCUUUUGUGAUUUCCUAGAUGGUCAGCAUGCUCCAAAGGCUGUGGAUCGUAUGUCAACACGUUUAUCCAUGAAUCGAAGAGAUAGUUUCGAUUGGGAAACAUUGGGUGAACGUAAGCGAAGCUCAAACGAUGAUCAGUCCAAGUUCUUGGAGAGUCCAGCAAAUGGAUCACCAGUACCGGAAACAUUGCAACAAACUCUUAGUGGGCCUUUGCGUGAUCGUAGCAAUGUGUCAGGGGAAAUUAAAUUAAAACAAAUUGCCGAAACGGAUGAACAUUUGGCUGAAGAACAGCAAUCGGGCAAUUCCUCUAGCAGCAGCAGCGACAAAGAGAAUCCCCAAAUGGUUGAUCAAGAGCUGCAGCAACGUCUUCGCAUGCUAUCGGCCAGUAGGAACAGUACGCCACAUCAUCCUACAGUGCAAUCUUCAAGCUCCCAAUUGAAACCACAACAAUUGCUAGCCCAAACAUCGAGUGGUCUAUCAGCUGCAUCGUCCCAACAACUCUCGGAUGUGUCCAAGGAAAUGAAUAAUCUGCGUGAUUUCAUUGAUCAGCGUUUCGAGCAAUUGGAGAAAGAAAUGAAAGUUAUGGGCGAACAAAACAAAUGGCAUAUUUUCACUCAAAUAUCCAAUUAUUUUAAUCAUCAAGUGGAUAGCACCCAACAGAUACGUGAUGCCUUGGCCAUACUAAUUCACGGUGAUCCAUUUGUCAAGGAAUUUUCUCGUCUCCAAUAUGAGAAUGCCAAGCUAAAGAAACAAGUUGAACAAUUACAGAAAUCUCAACCUAAAUGAAAUUAUUUGUCUUAUAUUAAAAAGGGCGACCUUUUCUUUAA